AUGAUAAAUUCAUUUGAUAAUAGUUCAAAACAUAUUUAGGACUCAGAAUAUCAUAAUAAUCGCUAAUCUACACCAGAUAGAAUAGAAGAAGUCUAGCUAGUUGAAAACCAUAAUUUAGAUAAAAAAAUAAAACAAUUUUUUAAUCCAAAUACUCAAUAAUAUUAAUAGCAACCUUACUAGUUAAAUCCUUUGAAGCAAAAUUUGAUGCAGACAAGUAGAAAACAAAAUUAAGAUUCAAAAUGGGUUGCCUAUUCUGAUCAAAAAAAUAGUAGAGGAAUAUUUUAUAGAAUUAAUAUGCAUGAAGCUGAUAGCCAUUCAAAGUAAAAGCGCUUUUAAAGUAAUUCUCCUAAUAAAACAAGUUUGUAAUUUGGUCAGCAAUAUGAAUAAAGUCUCAAGCAAUCUAUAGAGGUUUAUGCAAAUGAUAAUUAGUACUUAAAUCAUGAGUAACGUAUGUAUCUUCAGAAGCUUCUUAAAUAAGAUUUAAAUGAAAAUUUGGGCUUUACAGAAAGCAACAGCAACGCAAAUCUUAUUGAAUAAAAUUAACCUCGUCCGUUCUAAGAUAGUUAAAUUCCAUAAAGAAAAGUAUAUAAGCAAGCUGCUACUCUUCUCCCUUAAAUGAAGGAAAAAGUAAAAAGUGAUGUAGUUAAUAGUAGCAUCAACUACUCCACUUAGACAGCACCAAAUCACUCAAAUGGUAAUAUUGGUUAAUAAAAUUUUAGAAGCUAGAAUAGUCCAAAAUGUUAGUCACCUGUUGGAUAUGGAGUCAAAACAGAGGGAGACAUGGAAAAAUAAGAUAAAGAAAUUUAUAUUAGGUAAGAAAACUAUCGUUUGUUAUGGAAUCGUCUUUUGCCCUACCUCGAAAAACCUAAGUUUUUGAAGAAUAAUAGAUAGCACUCUUAGCCUAACUACAACGGAAUGGUUUACCCAUAGCAAUUAAUUUAGAUGAAUACGUAACAAGAAAGCAGAGUUUUUUACAACAACAUUGACAACUCUUUAACUGCAUCAGAAUAUUAUCAAACACUUAACUAACUUGAUCGCAUUAACUAGAGACCUCUUCCUUAGAUAAAUUAAAAUAAGCAGUUCUAAUAGUUUUCGCAGUCAUAAUAAAUGUAAACUUAAACCAAUUUUAAAAGUCCUGUCAAAGAGAAGGCUAGAGAAAGCUUUUAUUUAAAAGAUAACUAAGCAAACUCUAAUAGGUAAGAAAGAAGUUUUUAUUAAACCAGGGCCUAAAUGGGUAGCAACAAUAAUUUAUCAUCAAAUCAUACUCCUGAGAGAGGUAUCAAUAACCACAACAAUAGCAGUAUUAUUUAGAGCAACUAGAGUUCUUCACAACCUCCUCAAAAAAAAUAAUAUUCUUCAUAGGUGUAAAAUAAUAGUAAUAAUAAUAAUAAUAAUUAAUAGUUCUAGUAAAAAAUAGAUUUAAAAAGCCCUAAUAAUAGAUAUUAUUCAAAUUCUUUGCACAGAAAUUAAGCACCAAAUAAUAUACAAUAAAAUGGUAAUGAGUUAAUGAAAUAAUACAAAGAGUGCAAGGAAUUAUUAUCACUUGUUUAAGUUAAUCUGAGCAAUAUUGUAUUAAGUAUGAAUAAUAAAAAGACACCAAAGGGGGACUAUAUGUAAAGAAAAGUAUAAGCUAUUAGUUCUAGUAAGGUUGAUUAAUUUUCUAAGACUAUGAUUCAAGAUGGCAAAGUUAAAAAGAAAUAUACUGAAAAAAUGAUUUUACCAUCUCUUUAUGUCACAAGAAAUUCUCCUACCAUGGAGAAUCAAACAAGUCCUAAUCCUUUUGGAAACUAAAAAUCUAGAUCUUCAUCUGCAUUGAGAUAAGAUGAAGCUAUCAUUGCAAGCGAAUUCAAUACUAAUUCUAAAACUUUUUCUUACUAAGUUCCUGGACUUGAGAGACAGCUUCCAGAGACUAUUGAAGACUUGAAAUACAAAGAUGACUUCGAAUAGCAAAUGUCCGAAUAGAAUAACAGCACGAUUAAGAAUAGUUUAAACUAAAAUUCAAAAUGCCAUAGUUCAUAAAAUACAUACAAAGGUGCAUAGUUGUCUCCUGUCUAAGAGCAGUCUAUGUCUAGAACUGAAGCUGUAAAUUAGAAUUCGAUUUAAAAUCAGUAAAUGAGAAUCAUCGAAAACUAAUCAAAUCCAUCAUUUUAAUCUCUCAACUAAUCUUAAGUUGUAAUUGAGCAAACUAAAAAAACUUCUAACUUUUAAACUCCUAAUAAUAAAAGCCAAGAAAUACUUUAAAGGUAGCAGUAGGAAUACUUAAGAGCAAGCUUUUAAUUAAGCAAUUAGCAAUCUCAUAAGUAAAGCCAUGUUUAGUCUCCUAACAAUAGCUCUCAAAUAGAAAUUUAGUAAAUUGCAGAGACACCUUAAUUAGGGCAACCCGUUGACUAAUAAAUAAUUGAACAAUACAAAGCAAAUAUCCAAGAACAGCAAUAAUUACCUUAAGAUAACUUAACACCAAAUUAGAAUGAAAAUUAAGAAGAUUAGAAUUAUGAGUAGGAAAUAGAAGAGGAGUAAUACAAUUAGUAAAAAGAGCAGGAAGAAGAAUAGCAAUAAUAUAGUUAAAUAUAAGAAUAUAUACAGUAAGAAGGGUAGGAGGGAUAGAUAGAAAAGCAUCAUAGCUAAAAUGAAAUUGAAAAAUAAUUAAAGAACUUUACACCUUUACAAAGUUAAGUUUAAUCUAUAUAUGUUUCAUAGCAAACUACUCCAAAAACUAAAUAGCCACAACAAAGCAACAAUAUUAAUUAAAAUAGUUCCAUCAAAAAGUCACCACCAAACUCAUAAAAACAAUCUCUUUCAAAGUCAAAUCUUUCUGAAAAGUCAAAAAACAAUUAAAAUAAGUCUUCUCAAUAAAACAUCUCUCCUAAGAAAUCUUAACUCAAUUCUUCGUAAUCUUCUUUUAUUUAAAAGAGUAACGAAAAAGGAGAUUAAUAAAACAAAGCACAUAACGAAGAGGAUUCUUAGAAUGUAAAAGAAAACAAUAAAUCAUCUUAAAAAAUGCUCAAAUCAUCUAAAGCUUAGUCACAAAAAUCACUAACACCAUAGAGAAAAUCUUAAAAUACAAUUCAAAAUUCUCCCUCAAUACAUUAAUCUUAGAAUUUAUCCUAAAUUUAAUAAGAUUAAUAAGAAUAAAUGAAAAAUCAGAACGAAGAAAUAUAAAACUAAGAUGAAAAUACACCUACUCCUAAUGAAUAAAGCCAAGUCCAUGAGUAAUCUUUAAACAAAUCUAGAAAUAGUGAUAAUAAAGAGAAAUCUAAAAGUCCCUAGAGAUAAUCAUAGCACAUUUCUAGAUAAUCUCCGUAAUAAUCCAAAGCAGCUUCUAGGCAGUAAUCUUAAUCUCCCCCAAAAUCUCAAAACCAAUCUCAAAUCUGCUAGGACUAAAAAGAGCAAACUUAGGAAUCUUAAGCUGUAGAAAAAUCUUAAGAGCAAUUAGAAGAAGCUCAAUAAUAACUUAGUAAUUCAAAAGAGUUGAACAAAUCACAAGAGAUUAAAAAAUCGUAAGACUUAAAUAAAUCUUAAGAGUUGAAAAAAUCACAAGAGAUUAAAAAAUCUUAAGAGUUGAAAAAAUCAUAAGAAAUAAAGAAAACUUAAGAAAAGGAAAAUGCCUAACGCUAGAAGGAAGCAGCUGAAGCAGCUGCUGCUGAAGAGUAAAGACUACUUAAAGAACAAGAAUUAAAAAAGAAAGAAAAAGAAUAAUAGAUGAAUAAGCCUUUAUUAGAAAUAAUAAAAGAAUUAAAUAAAGAUUCCACAAAGGAAGAAAUUCAAGAUUUUGAGCUGUAACUGAAUGUAAAUAGGUAUACUGGAGAAUUCAAAUGCGAUAUAACUUACGGAAAUAAGCAUUCGUUAAAUAAAGACACUUUAAAGCUUAAGUUCAUAAAGAAAUUUGAAGCCAAAAAGGAAAGAAUAUAUUUAAUAGAGAGACUUAUGAAUGUACAUAAAUUACCUGUUAAUUUACUCACAAAUAAAUAAUUCUAAUAAGAAAAGAACAAAUACAACAUAACAUAGUUCUUCGAAUGCUCUGAUUGUUGUAUAUUAACCAAAUAAUUAGAAAAAUACAACAUUGAAGAGUUUAAAGAAUUUAUGAUUACUAAAUUCUUAAAUUAGCAAAUAUUUAAAGGAGACUCUAAAGAAAGCAGCUGCAUUGAUAUUAAAUAUAUUGGUAUCUAUCACGAUGAAGAAUUUUAUUAAUGUGAUACUUUGGUAGUUGAAUUUGAAAAGUUUGAUACUUUAGAUGAAAUAAUUGCAUUUAGGAAUUUGAAUAAUAAAUAAUUUAGUGAGGCUGAUUUACUUAUCUCUUAUUAUUAGAUACUAGUAAAUUAUUAACAGCUAAUUUAAAAUUAGAUUGUUCAUUAGAACAUUAACUCUACUAAAAUUGCUUACUCCUAUCAAGACUCUAAAUUUAAAUUUAUGCCACUAAGCAGAGCACAUGUUUACAAUUUAGGAAAUUUCUCUCCAAGAGAUACUAAAACAGACAAAUUUAUGAUCAAGGGAGAAUAAUAAUCUCACCCCGUAUGGAUAGAUUUAGUAAAUUUAGCUAUAGUUUUUGCUCAAAUGAAAACUCUAGAUCGCGCUCAAUCAAAAUAAGUAUUAGAGAAAGUAGAUAUAAAAGAUAAAUCAAUUUCAUAUAAGAUUAUUUAAAAGCUCUGCAGUAAUUAAUGUGAAGCUACCUUGAAUGAAUGUUUAGAAAUUCUUCAUCAAAAUAUAUUUGGUUCUUCAUAAUUAGAUGUUGUCCUCUCACCAAUUAAAUACGAAUAUGCAUCAGAUUUUGAAAAAUGCAGUAAAAUGAAAAUAAUUGGCAGAACUUAUGAAAGCUUACAUUAACUUAAAGAUGCUUGCCAAAUUUUUUCUGUUUUAGUUUAGAUUAAAGAAUAAAUUUAUGGAAAGGAGUCUAACGAAUAUUAAUAGGCUCUUUGUGAUGAGUUAUUUAUAUAAUAUAAAGAUGGUCAAUUACCAAGAUUAGAAGAGCUCUACUUAAAGUGCUAAGACUAUUUGAAGAAUUUGCAAUAGAUUCCUUAAUCUAUCGAAUAGCUUCACUACAUUGCAGAAAUCUUGUGGAGAUUAGGAAAAGAAUAAGAGAGUGAAGAAUACUUUGAAAAGGCAUUUUAGAUUAUCAGUACAAAAUCUGAUUAAAUUGAAACAAAAUACAUGACAAACAUUUUCAAUAAUAAAGGAGUUAAUGAACUUUCUAAAGAUUCUUUUGAAAAAUCUAUUCAAUAUUUUGAAUAAGCUUUGAAAUACACUAAUGAGUCACCUGAAGUAAAUAAAAUGAUGCUCAGUUCAAUUUUGAAUAAUUACUCAAUAAGUCUGCUUAAAGUUAACAGGCUUCAAGAAUCUUUAGAUAACAUGUUAAAAAGUUUACAUGUAAAACAGGAAAUAGAUGUUUUAAAGCAGGAUCCUGAAGGCUCCAAAAUGGCAUAUGCUAUAUCUAUGUUGUAUAAAUAAACUUUAAAUGAUACAGUUCAAUCCCUACAUUAUGUUAGCUUAGCACUAUAAUUGCAGGAAUAUCAUUAAAACUACUAAGAAUAAAUUAAAUACAUAUAUAAAUAGACUUAGCUCUACUUUGAAAUAAAUGAUGAACAAUCUGCUAUUGAUUCAGCCUUGAAAGCUGUCCCAUUCAUUGAAAAAUGUGAAUUAUCUGCUUUCAGAUAAGUCAUACAAGUAACUUAUGAUAUGGCCUGUCUUUUCAAAAAUAAAAACCUUAAAGAAUAAGCUAUAAUUUUCUAUGGAAAAGCAUACGAAAUAGGAGUUAGACUCGCUGGACCAUAAAUCCUAGCUGUCUAAUAAAUUAAAAAAGAGUUAGAAAAAUUAUAAUGA